ACACCACCUUCUCCUCAAAACAUAAUUUGCAGCUAUAGCACUACUAUUCAUUGUGAAAACGAAGAACAUAAGUUAAUACAUAGAUAGAUCUUUAAUCACCCUAUAAAAAGGUUACUUCUCAACAACGUUUUCCACACCACCAUCUUCUCUUCAAAACAAAACUUGCAGCUAUAGCACAAUAUUAAUAUAUAGUGAAAAUGAAGAGCAUAAGUAGUAUAUGGCAGGGAGUGAAACCAGAAGUGUUGAUGGUGUUUGUACAACUUGCAACGGCGGCGAUGAAUAUAAUAUGCAAACUUGCAAUAAAUGAUGGAAUGAGCAUGAGAGUUGCCACGGUUUAUCGCCUCAUCUGUGCAGCGGCUUUCAAUAUCCCAAUUGCUCUUUUCUUUGAUAGGAAGAAUAGAGCAAAGAUAACAUGGAGUGUGCUUUCUAAGGCAUUUCUAUGUGGAUUGUUUGGGGGAAGUUUGUAUUUAAACCUUUACCUUGAGGCUCUCGCUUUGACGUCAGCAACAUUUAUGUUGGUUAUCUUCAACUUAAUUCCGGCCAUUACCUUCAUCAUGGCCGUAUGUUUCGGAAUGGAUAAAUUCAAUUUGAGAUUAGCGGAAGGAAAGGCGAAGGUGAUAGGAACAAUAAUGGGAAUGAGUGGUGCAAUGUUGAUGAUUUUUUUCAAAGGUGCGGAAAUUCAUAUUUGGUCUUCCAAUAUCAACCUUUUGAAUCCCCAUCAAAACCCAAAUGAACUAAUGGCAUCUCACCAUGUUGAAAUUCGAAAAAAAAUAUUGGGUGUUUCAAUUGCACUGGCAAGCAGCUGCUCUUUCUCUAUGUGGCUUAUCAUUCAGGCUAAGUUACACAAGGAAUUCCCGUAUCAUCACUCAAGUGCAGCUUUAAUGGUUUCAAUGGGAGCCAUUCAAGCAAUUGUUAUUUCUCUUUGUUUUGAAAGAGAUUGGAACCAAUGGAAGCUAGGAAACAAACUCAGGAUUCUUACUGUUAUUUAUCCGGGAAUUGUAGUCUCUGGAUUAGCAGUUAUCAUUGUUGCCUGGUGCAUAAGGGCGAGGGGACCUCUAUUUGCGUCUAGUUUCAAUCCUUUACAACUCCUACUUGUCGUUAUAGCUGCUUACUUGAUGUUGGAUGAGAAACUAUAUUUGGGAAGCAUGCUUGGAGCAAUUGUGAUUGUGUGCGGUCUUUAUACGGUACUAUGGGGUCAAGGAAGAGAAAUGAAAAAUAAAAUGAAAAUGCUAGAAACCGCAAGAAUGCCCGAAAAUGAUGAGGCUGUUGUUGUUUCCAUGCCUCUUCCGUCUGAAAGAGUCAUCCAAACCUACGAGAGUUCAGCCAUUACUAAAGAGAAUGUUGUUAAUGAUCAAUGAUUUUGAAGUUAGGAAAAGAUGAAAAGCCCCUUACAGAGAUGGUAUUGGUUGUAGUACUUAGAAAAAUGUUAAUAAUAAAAUAGGAUGUAAUUUGUUGCAGUUUACAUUAUCACAUCAUUCAAGUUAUUCAA